AUGUUUACUGUGAUAAACUCAAAGUUAGGACUAAGAAGAGGAGGGAUGUAAACAGUGACAGCAGCAUCGACUUCAGAAAUACGGAGAGUAAAUACAUGAGAAGUAUUAGUUAGUAAAGAUAAACAGAAUUUAGAAAGAAAAUAAAAGAAACAAGGACUAAUGAUUUUAGAAAGAGACCUUUAGGUUAAUUUGAAUUAUAUACAUUAAAUGAUAAAUUAGAGAAUUCAUCUGAUGAAGAUGAGUUUUAAAAAUAAAAGAAAUAGAUAGAACAAUUAGAACUACCAUUUGAAUCUUUAACUAGCACUCUUAGAACAACUAAGCCAGUAUUUAUAGAAAAGAAAAAUUAUAAGUAUAUUAAAUGAAUUAAAAUAAAGAUAAGCAAUUGUUCAAAAAGUGAAAUCUAAAAUAUAGAGUUUUUUAAAGACUAAAGAUAUUAAUAGAAAUGUGAUUUAAACUUAAAGUGAUACAUGGGUAUUUCAUGCAGAUGGUUAUGGUAAAUUAAUGUGGGAUACAUUUUGUAUGUUCUUAAUUUUUUAUGAAAUCUUAAGUAUUCCUUUUAAAUUAAGUUUUGAUGUAGAAAUUAAUGCAACAUUAGAUUAAAUAAUUGAUAUAAUGUUUAUGUCUGAUAUCAUAAUUACAUUUAAUACUAGUAUAUAUAGAAAAGGAAUACCAAUAUAUGGUAGAAAAUAAAUAGUACUUAAUUACAUAAAAUUAUGGUUUUGGAUUGAUUUGGCAGCAUCAUUUCCUUAUGAUGCUAUAAUAACUGCAUCAACAGGAGUUGGUGAAGAUGAAAGUGCUACAACUAUUCAAUCAUCUUAAAAUGCUACUAAAUAUACUUAAACACUUUCUUUGCUUAGAUUAGUUAGAUUUAUGAGAUUUAUAAAAAUCAUAAGAUUACUUAGAUUAGCUAAAUUAAAAGUAUUCUUUGAUAAAAUUGAAGAUGCUAUUUAAUUAAAUAUUAUGCUUUCUACAAUUGUAAGUUUUAUAAAACUUAGUGGAUUUGUAUUAUUUUGGUCUCAUUGGUUAGGAUGUAUAUUUCAUUAUAUUGCUGUUAAUGAAGAUAGUACUGAUAAUUGGCUCUACUUUUAUGGUAUAUAUGAUGAAGAUUGGUCUGUUAAAUAUAUUAAUUCUCUCUAUUGGGCUGUUACAACUAUGAAUACUGUUGGUUAUGGUGAUAUUUCUCCAAGAACCCCUUUAGAAAGAUUAUUUGGUAUAUUCUUUCUUAUGAUUGCUACUGUUGUCUUCUCAGUUACACUUAAUAGUAUUGGUUCAUCUCUUUAAGGAAUGGAAGAUAAAAAAGCAGAAAUACGUAAAAAAUCUAAUCAAAUUCUUAAAUAUAUGAAAAAAUUGUAAAUACCUGUACCAUUACAAAAUAAAGUUAAAAAAUAUCUCACUUACAUUUGGGAAUAAGAAGCUAUAUUUAAUCUUGAACAUAUUACUGAUAAUCUAUCUUAUGCUCUCAAAUUCGAAUUUGAAAUCUAAGUCAAUGGUACCAUACUUGGAUAUUGCCCUCCUUUAAGAAUCAACUUUUAAAAAACAUUUCUUAAAUAAGUUACUAAAACUUUUAAAUAAUAUACUGCUUUACCUGAAGAAAUUAUAUUCUAUGAAAAUGAAACUAUUGCUACUGAAAAACAUCUCUAUUUUAUUUAAAGUGGAAAUAUUGAAAUCAUAUUAUAAAGAAAUAAUCAAAAACUCAAUAAAUUAGAAUAAAAAGAUUAUUUUGGUGAAAUUGGAUUCUUUACUGGACUAUCUAGAACUACUUCAGCAAGAAGUGUUAAUUAUUCAUCCUUAGUUUAUAUUGAUAAAUCUUUAUUUACUUAACUAUUAAGAUCAAAUUAAAUUGAUUUAGUAAUCUUAUUUGUUUUAUUUCUAGGAAAAAUUUCAUUAUAUAAAAGAUGAAAUCAUUUUUAAUAAAGGUUAUCAUCAUAUUAAUGUAUUUUGUUAUGGUUGUCUUAGAGAUGAUCACACUGUUAUUGAUUGUCCAGAUAUGCAUUUUGUAGUUGAAUAAUAACAAUAUUGUUAAUUUAAAACUAAUUUUUAAAAGAAAAUGUAAAGUCUUUUUGAAAGAAAGGACAGAAUUUAUAUUCACGCACUUCGUCAUAAAAAUAUUGUCAAAUUUGUAAUAAUUUAUUUUUUCUAUUUUUAAAGACUGUUACUCAGAUUUCUUCCCAUGCUUAAAAACUUAUGGCAUAAUAUGAUGAAUGCAAUUUAAUUGAAGAUAAUGAAAAUGGAUAACUUUUUGAAGAAAAAAUUGAAUUCUAAUAAAAACUUGCUAAACCACCCAGAUUCGGUCCUUUUAGAUCAAGAUUUAGAGAAGAUAAAGCUAAAUAUCGAAAAAUGAAAUAAUAUAUAAAUGAUUAAGAAAUUAAGAUAAAAUCUUUAAAAGCUUAAUAAAUGAUUAGUCAAGAAGUUUUGAAAAGUAUAAUACAAUUUCACUCUUAGAAUUUAGUAUUUUGAUCCAUUAAAAAACAUUCAAUUAAGAUGAGUAAAUUAUUAAAUCAGAAUUUCCACAAACAAAAUCUAUGGCUACAUCAAUGAAAGUAAUUUCAAAAUUUAAAGAAGAAGAAGAAGAUGACGAUGAUGAUGAUUAAUAAUUUUCAGAUUAUUAAACUGUAUCAUCAUCUGAUUUUGAUGAAGAAGGAGAAGAUAUAUAGGCUGAAAAAUUAACAUAUAAAGAGAUUUAGACUUAAAAUGAAAUUUUAGAUUAACUUUUAAAUGCUUACAAUUAAUAAUAGAGAGAAAAAGAAUAAAGAGAACAAUAAAAUAAGGUUUACUCAUUUUAAUUUUAUGAUAGUUAGAAUCUUAAUUUAUUUUGAUAAAUAACUUUGAAGUUGGUGCUGAUUUUCAUAGUUAUUAUCCUAAAUAUAAUAAAGAAUAAAUGAUCUAUGAAUAUAAUAAAAUAAAAGAUAAUCAGAGAUUUCGCCCUAAUUUAGUGUAAUUUUAUGAGUAUUUUGUUCUAUAUUAUUAGAAAUGAUUUUUAUCAUGAAUUAGGAUAAACUUAUAUAUUUGAUCAUGGAAGUGAAGCCCUUAUAGAUAGUCGUUUUAAAACAAUGUUAAAACAUGAUAGAUCUAGUAGUAAAAAAUUAACUAGGGUUGUUAAAUAAUCUAUGGGAUUAAUAAAGAUGCCUGAAUAAUUAAGUUAAUAUUAAUCAAAUAAUUUAAUUAAAUUUAGUGACAAAGAGAUUUAAUGA